AUGACCCUUUGCCUUGGCUUUGGCCAGGCCCUUUUCUCUCUGUUGAAUGUUCCAUUAAACUUCAAACAAUGAGUUUCCUCCCGGAGGCAGAGGGUGAUAUGGAAAUUAGAAUAGUCUGCCAACGUUGCAGGCAAAGGUUUUCAGCAUCAACCAAUACUGAAACAGUUAUUUGCCCGCAUUGCCAUACGGUAAAUCAAAAUCGAACAAUAAGGAAACAAUCAUCUUCCCAAGAGCAUGGCAGGACAAGUCCUCCGUUGAUAGGUACCUCUAUGAGGGAAAAGUUGAAGAAAAUUCUGCACUGUAGCACCCAGAAACCUGCUGCUUCAGGGUCAUCAUCGACAAAUUACUCUACGCUUUGUGCUUUGGACAACUCUGGCGUUUCGGCGAAGAAACGAGCGGUGCUUUGCGGUGUUAGCUACAAGAACUGGAAGUAUAAGCUCAAGGGGACCAUAAACGAUGUGUUAAACAUGAAAGAUUUGUUGAUUCAAAAGUAUGAAUUUCGAGAGGAAAAUAUUCUGGAGCUCACAGAGGAACAGUCAGACGCCCGACUUAUCCCAACAAAGGCAAACAUCGAGAAUUGCUUGAACUGGCUGGUGAAGGGGUGCCGGUCUGGAGAUUCACUGGUGUUCUUUUACUCCGGACAUGGCUUACGGCAGCCCAAUUUUAAUAAUGAUGAAAGAGAUGGGUUUGACGAAACCAUCUGUCCGGUUGAUUUUCUGAAAGAAGGCAUGAUCCUCGAUGAUGACAUUUACGCCACCAUUGUUAAGCCGCUGCCAGAGGGUGUCACCCUUCAUGCCAUUAUUGAUGCUUGCCAUAGUGGAACUGUUCUUGAUCUAGAGCACGUCUAUGAUAGAGAAAAAGGAAAGUGGAUUGAUAACAGUCCUCCAUCAGGUGUGAGGAAACAAACAAGUGGUGGCAAAGCAUAUUCUAUCAGUGCUUGCAAAGAUAACCAGGUUGCUACUGACACAUCGGUUUUUAGUUCCAAGUCAAUGUAUGGAGCAAUGACGUUUGUUUUAAUAGAGGUUGUGAGAGGAAGGCCGAGUAUAACAUACGGGGAAUUACUUGACCUGAUGCAAGAGCGAAUUGAACAAGCAAACCAAGAAGGGUGCCUCGGUGGUUCAAGAAUAUUAAGCAGAAUUUUUGGCCCCAAUCUCACACAGAAGCCUCUACUUUCAGCUUCUGAAGAGUUUCCCGUUUACGAGAGGACAUUUGAACUAUAACUGAUACGUAGUGGAUCCCCUAUUGAAGCAACGGAUGUCAUGGAUUUUGCAAGGAGUGUUUGAGAGCAGAAGCUUUCAUUCAUUUUCGAUCUUCAAGCAAUACUGCGAUAAAGUUCACAUGGUUAAUGGAUACCUUUGUACAAUGUAUACUUCACAUCUUUGUUUCCCUUGCACGAUAACAGAAAUAAACUUCUGAAUUCUGAUAACAACAAGAGUUUUUAUUAUUUAACGAAUAGUUACCGGGAAAUAAACAAUUUAAAUUAGAUUUAUCAAGAAAAGAGAUGAAAAACUACGAAAUUAAGGAAAAUGAAAAGAAAAGUUGAAGAUGGUACUGCCGCUAUCGUUUUGGUGUUGGGUUGGAGCCAAGAUCUUGCCUCAUACACUUCUGAUGUAAGGUAAAAAAAAAUUGAGAGAGCUGAUUGUUUUGUAUCUGCCUCUUGAAAAUUUGUAAUAUUUAGAAUGGUCUGAUCCUUGUAAAAGUAACGUCCAAGCAAAGGGUAACAACUGUGUUUGUACGUAAUAAAGGAACAUUCUGUCUCCGCCUGC